AUGAACAUUAAUUUCCUGAAAGCUAUUCAUUUAAUGUAUAUCGCCUGUCUCAUAUCAGGAUACAAUUCUACGGAGAAAGUGAUUUCCUACUAUGAGCAACAUAAUGAAGAAUUCAAUUUUGAUGGAAUCUUUGGACUUAUUCCAUUGAAAGCAUUAUCCAUGAUUCUUUCUAUGAUGAUUAUGGAAAUAACUGCAGAGAGUCAACAUAGUAAUCGCAAAGAGCACUACAUUCCUUAA